CCCAAUCCCCUCUUUCAUCUCCCCCUUUCCAAUUUUCCCCCUUUUCCCCAAAAUCCCCAAAUUCCCGCCGCCCUCGCCGGAAAAAAUGUCGAGCUACGGCACAAUCCCGACCUCCUCCUCCCCGGCGGCGACCUCCGUCAGCCUCGAGUACAUCUCCCGCGCCAAGGACCGCAUCAAGGAGGGCCUCGGCGCGCGCCGCCCCUGGGCCGAGCUGGCCGACGUCCACAGCCUCGACCUGCCGCGCUCCCUCCGCGAGUCGUUGGCGCGCGUGCGCACGAAUCUCGCCUACUUCAGCGUGAACUACGCCAUCGUCGCGCUCGCGAUCGUGUUCCUCAGCCUCCUCUGGCACCCGAUCUCGCUCAUCGUCUUCCUCGCGAUGCUCGCGGUGUGGCUCUUCCUCUACUUCCUCCGCGACGAGCCGCUCGUGGUCUUCGGCCGGAUGUUCAGCGACAAGGUGGUCCUGAUCGUGCUCGGAGUGCUCACGAUCUUCGUCCUGCUCUUCACCGGCGCGACGACGGAGAUCCUGAGCGCGCUGCUCGUCGCGGCGGUGGUGGUGCUGAUCCACGCCGUCGUGAGGAGGACCGACAAUUUGAGCCCCGACGAGGAGUCCGCCGGGCUGCUGAGGUCAGCGAGUCCUCCUUCCUCCUGAUUUUUUUUUUCGAUUUCGGUUGUUUAUCCUCUUCAAUUCCACUGUUUCUGGUAAAUUUCUGGUGAAUUUGUGGUGAAUUUUCAGAAAUCAAUUGAUUUGAUCGUGAUUAUCAGUUGUUGACUUGUUGAAUUUUUUUGUGAUUUUGUUCAAUGUAUGCGUGAGAUGUAUUUAUUCAACAAAUCUCUGAAUUUAUUUGCCAAAAUCUAAUUAUGUUUGAAGUUUGAAGUUUGAAUCA